AAUGGGGGAAAGCCACUCUGGUGUUGAACAAGAAUUAGAGGCAGAUGGAAACAUCACCUCUACAGAGAUCACUUCUUCGGAAAACAAAAUAGAGGAAAUAGUUACUGCUGUUGAAUCAACACGAGAGGUGGCAGGAGAUAAUGUCACCACUCCAGAGCUCACUAACCAACCUGAAGAUGAUAGGAACGCUUGCGUUCCACACUCAAGGUCCCCUCAGUCUACUGGCCUCCCUCCAAUAACUACUACUUCUCCAGAGAUAUCAGUUGAUUCUCCAAUAGCUGCUUUUGUUCCUUCGAUUGGAGCCUGGGCCAAACCACUUGCUUUUACACCACCUGCAACUCCUCCAGCGCCUGCAACGCCAAGUGGUCUUGAUCCGCAGUACCUCAACAAUCUCCUUGACUCUUUUUGGCCAACGCUGACUGAAGGAUUAGGGCCAAACCAGAAGGAAAAAAACCAUCCAAGUGCUGUAAGAGAGUUUCCUCGUAUGCCGGUUCAGAAGAUUCCAGUUCCUGAGCUUAAAGGGGAUGGAACACUAAGGUUUCCAUGGGCAGCCAGAAUGGACCCUGCUACCAGAAACCUCUAUCGAGCAGCUAAGCCAACUUUUCGACUUGAUGGAACACCUCAGUUAACUCAUUUAAAAUCCCUGAAGUAUCAACAAUCCCAGUGUGGGUAACUCUUAAAAAUGUUCCGGAUAGCUGUUACUCAAGAUUGGGUCUCAGCCAUGUAGCGUCUGGACUUGGUGAGCCUAUGCAAACUCAUAAACCUCGACUUGAUCCGACUUGUUUGGGAGAAGCAAAGUUGUUGGUUG